CUCUUUUUUCUUACAAAAAAAAACAAACAUCAAAACCCUAAUUAUAUCGACUCAGUUUGGGCCUCGAAAAACCUAUCUAUCUCUCAUUUUUUUCCUCUCUCUCUGUCUCUCUCUCUCUCUGUCUCUUUUCUCAAUUGGCAAAAUCCGAUUUCUCUCACCCAUCAAUCCUUCAAUCUCAAUCGUUCGAUCCAUCUUCUCUUUACAUUCAACCCAGGAGUAUAUUUGGCUGCGACGAUGUCUCCUGCAUCCAAGUCAAAGUCCAAGGAUAAGAAAACUAGCAAGGAACCUCAGAAGGCUUCUUCAAAGCCUUCAGGAUCUGCUAAUGCGGGUAGUGGUGUUCCGGCUAGUGCAUAUAAUCCAGUUUUGGGAACAUUUCAUACCAUUGAAACAGUGCCAUCGUCCUCAGCUUCAGCUCUUCAAAACAAUGGUCGCUUCCGAAACAUAGAUGAGACAGAUGAGCAUUUGGGGGGAUCACCCAGAGCUGGGGUUGGGUAUGAUUCUGUAUCUAAUAAUGGUAGCUGGUCUGGUGAGUCCGAAGAUCAUAAAGAUAAAACAACUAAUCCUCCUGUCCGGCAGGAAAUAAUACCUGGAGCUGAUAAUGAUAAGCGAGAAAAAAUUCGUCAAAAGAAUGAGAGGAAACAUCAACGACAAAAGGAGAGACGAGCUCAGGAAUUGCAUGAGCGGUGCAAUGGCUAUCUCAUGUCAAGAAAGCUUGAAGCACUUGCUCAACAGCUUGUAGCAAUGGGAUUUUCUCAUGAUCGAGCUACAAUGGCUCUUAUAUUGAACGAUGGCAAAGUGGAGGAGUCUGUGGCAUGGCUUUUUGAUGGAGGUGAAGAAGCGGUUAAGCAUAAGGAAUCAACUGUGGGUGGUGGGAUCCUAAAAAUUGACAUAUCAGAAGAACUUGCACAAAUCGCGGAUAUGGAAAUCAGAUACAAGUGUACAAAGCAAGAGGUUGAAAGAGCAGUUGUUGCUGCGGAUGGUGAUCUUGAGAAAGCAGCCGAAUCCUUAAGAACCUUAAAGUUGGACCCACCUACUCCAUCAAAGCCAGAAGAAACUUGCAAUCCCCUGACUUCUAGUACUAGUAAGGUGGCGGUGACAAGUGGCCAAAACUUAUCUGCAAGACCACAACCGAAACAAAAUCCGUCUACUGUUAGACAGCUAAUAAGGGAUGAGAAGGAUUUAAAUUUUACGAAAGCAGCGGUCACAAUGGGAGUUUCUUCGGAAUCUGUGAGUAAAAGUUUCCAGCAUAUGAAGAGAAUACAACCAAAGAUGGAAUGGGCAAAACCGCAACUAAGUGAGGUGCCGGCUGAGAAAAGGUGGCUAAGUUCCGGAUCAAAUCCUUCGGCUUCUUAUUCUUUGGCAUCACCUUUGCAGGCAUCACCUCCACCAUCAAAGGUAGAAAGUCGUCAUGUGGCUGUUGCAAGUGAUUUUAAGAACCUUGUGCCAUCAAUUAGGGAACCGGUUAUAAUGAUGCAGCGAUCCCAAUCUGUAAAUACAAAACAGGUUCCAACUACAAGUAUAAGCACAUCCCCACCCGGAACCUCCUUUAUGUAUCCAGCCACUCGUGUUGAAAAUACAAAGUCUAAUGGCUUCAUACCCCAUAUUCCGAGUAGUAGAAGCUUUAAUUCCAACCAUUUGAGUUCAAGUCAGAUGCAUCACCAGAUUUACCAUCCGCAACAACAGCAUUUCACAUCCAGCAGUGGUCCUGGAGAUUCCCCAGGAACAAGCCGUGGAAAUGGUUUAUGGAGUAGGUCAGGCGCAUCACCAAUGCUUGCAGCUGCAUCUUCACUCGGACUAUUCACCGGUUUGGGUUCUACCACUUCAUCAGGAGCCUCUUCUCCAGUUGAUUGGAGCAGUGGUAGCUCAAUGGGGCAAUUGGACUAUACCAAUAUCGAUUGGAGCUUGAAUCGAGGGUUGUCUUCUUCGCCAAGUCCCGGUGGAAUCUGGUUAGGAUCAUCUACAUCUCCGAUGAAGAGCAUUCACAUGUAUUAUCCUAACACAAACGGAUUAAGUGCUAAACCAGCAAUGAGAUUGACACCAAAUGGAAAAGGUGUACAGAUUGUAGGGUUACCGGACGGUGGAGUGGCUCCGGCCGAAACUUCAACUGUGGGCUCACAAGAGUGGACUUCACCAUUUGAAGGGAAAGAUCUAUUUAGCUUACCCAGGCAAUAUGUUUCUUCUCCAUCAAUCUAGGAUUAAGGAGGAAAAAAAUGGUUUUAUGAAAUAAAAAUGAAAGAACAGACAAAAUUUGCCUGUGGAUUAUGUGUUA